CACUACCAACGUGGAUGUAACAAGUACAGGUUCUACGGCAAUAAGUGAUUCCUCUACAAUGGCUACCACUAUAUCCCCUGACCCUGGGUUCGUGGGCUCCGUUUGGUUCUGGGUGAUCAUAGGUGUGUCGACCUUUGCUGUACUGUCCAUCGCUGCCUUUACCAUCUAUCAACAAUGUUACAUCAAGAAGAACAAGAACAAGAACACCAGAAUCAGCACCCAGACUCUCAUAACCACGAACACCAAGAACACUAAGAACAAGAACGGCGGCACUAUUCUCACCCAGAGGAACACCACUACAUAUGACUCCAUCCAAGCCACCAAGGUUGAAGAGGGCAGGAUUUCGCCGCUAGAGGACUCCACUAACGCUGUCGGAGGUCCAGGAAAGACAGAAGAGGCCCCUAGGGAAGAAACCUCACAUAUGGAGGUCAUUAACGAGGGUCUUGAAGAGGAGGAGGGAAGGAGGAAGACAUGGUGA